UCCAAUAAUUCCCACAGUCGCUAAGCUUCCACGCGUAUUUAAGCUACGUUCAUUCUUUCAAAGACAAUCGACUAAACGAGCGACCCACCGGCAAAAGUGUGACAAGGAAACUAUCGCAGCUCUAAAGGACAGACAGAAGGGAACCGCCAAAAGAGAACAGUCAAGGGCUAAAUAACUCUAUUUGUGGUCCGCUCGUUUUGGAAACAAGAACAAAAGCUAUAGUAUUCUGAGGACUCCAGAACAGAAUUUGUGCACCUGUCACGAGCAUUAUGAAGUUUGCAACUGGGUACGUCACUUUUGGAAUGAUGGUGGUAUUGGCGCUGGCAGAUGUCAAGUCUGGAGACGACGCUGGCUCUGAUGACGUCAGUCGAGAACUGGACACUCUUGGUCAGGGCUACGCCCCUAGCAUGUAUGGCCGCCAGCUGGACAACCUAGGGCAGGGCUUCGUCCAUUCCAUGUACGGCAGGGAGUCCGAAGAUGGCGACGAGGCGAACGCAGAGCCAGUGGACGAGGCAGAAGAAUGGGGGAACGUUGCAAAACGACCCUUCGAUAAGAUCGGAAGUGGCCGGAUGGCCUCCUUCGUGAAACGCCCCUUCGACAGAAUCCAGAGCGGCCGCAUGUCGUCUUUUGUCAAACGACCUUUCGACAGGAUCAACGCAGGCAGGUUGGCGUCCUUUGUCAAACGACCUUUUGACAAAAUCGGCAGUGGACGACUGGCUUCUUUCGUCAAACGCCCCUUUGACAGGAUAGGCGCAGGGAGAAUAGCUUCUUUUGCGAAACGACCAUUCGACAGAAUCGGCGCCGGCCACAUGUCAUCUUUCGUGAAACGUCCAUUCGACAGAAUCCAAAGUGGCGCCAUGGCGUCUUUUGUCAAAAGAGAAACUUCAAAAGAGAUUAGCCAAAAGGAAACUGCCAAGGCAUAAAAGUCACCAGAAAAAAAAUGUCCCACUUCAAUUCUUUAGGUGAGCAA